UUAAGUUUAUGUAUGCUCGUCACGUAACAGCAACAGAAAGAGGAUCUUUGGCUGAACAUACACAUAGUCUGGAAGUCUCUCAAAACUCGGAAGUCUUGAGCUCAAGCUCAAGGCAUUGCGUGGGCGGAACUGCACCGCCCGGGCGCACGGUGCAUUCAAGACUUCCGUCACCGUUGUGGCGUUGACGCUAAAGUUUACGGGCCUACGGCAGGCAACUGAAGCAACUGAACAGGCUUGGCAACCGUCAAGUCCAAUCCAUCCGCCCUUUCGAUUGACCUGGUGAGCACUACGAAGUAUACGGAGUAGAGAACAACAGAAACCGCUGGUGUCCCCCACCACCACCGGCGCCUAAGCAUUGUCGUGAGGCAGUGGCGUUUCGAAUUUGCGGAUUUGACCAUGUCGGCCAUCUAUAAUCUCGAGCCGCAACCGACUGCGUCAGCAAUAAUUCACACGACCCAGGGUGAAAUCGCGGUCGAACUAUUCGCGAAGCAAACGCCCCUGACCUGUCGCAAUUUCUUGCAGCUCAGCCUAGAUGGAUAUUAUGACAACACCAUCUUCCAUCGCCUUGUACCGGGCUUCAUCCUGCAAGGCGGCGACCCGACCGGUACAGGGCAUGGAGGCGAAUCGAUUUACGAUGGCGGCGCAUUCGGCGGUGAUUUAGACCCUUGGCCGAUGGACCAGCGCAAAGGACAGAACGCUGGCCCUAUGGGGGUGAACUUCAAGGAUGAAUUCCAUUCGCGAUUGAAGUUCAAUCGGCGUGGUCUCCUAGGCAUGGCAAACGAGGGAACACCCGACAGUAACGGUAGCCAGUUUUUCUUUACCUUGGGAAAGACGGAGGAACUCACAGGGAAGAACACUCUCUUUGGCCGAGUGGCUGGUGACACAAUCUACAAUCUGGCCAAAAUGGGAGAGGCCGAGGUGGCAGAAGGCAGCGAGCGGCCGCUUUACCCAGUCAAAAUCAUACGCAUCGAAAUUCUCAUCAACCCAUUUCAUGACAUGAAGAAGAGGGAGACAAAGGUUCGGCAGGGGGUGCCUGGACCUUCCCCGGCAGAGAAGAAGCCGAAGAAGAGAAAAGCCGGCAAGCAGUUACUCAGCUUCGGAGACGAGGAAGGCGAUGGUGAAGAUGUUCCAACGAUCAAAAAGGCCAAAUUUGAUACAAGGAUCGUGAUGGACGUGGAUGAAGAACCGGCGCAGAAGACAAUGCCGGUUCGGGCGUCUGUCAAGAAAGAAGUUAAACCACACAACAGGGAGGCCAAGGAGGUGCAGACGAUCGAGGCAUCAGAGACCCGAAAGCGCCCGCCUUCCCCGGAACCCGUAUUGGAGAAAAAGGCACCAGUGCCCAGAACUCAUAGCAGCGAUAGGUCUAGCCCGGAGUUGGAGCAAUCCCAGAAGAAGUCGCUCCUGGAGAAAACGAACGAGGAGAUCGCCGCGGUCAAAGCAUCCAUGAAGCGGACGAUCCAUGCCGAGCCGGUCAAGGAGGAGAAGAAGAAGUCCACACUGGAAUUACUCGUCCCAGAAACAGCGAUAAGGGGGAGGAAGCGGCGCCCGGGUGGCAAUGGCAUUAGCACAAGAGAGGAACAAGAAGCCUUGGACCUCUUGAAGUCCUUCAAGUCAAAAUUGGAGCAGGCGCCGGCUGAAAAGAAAGAGUCUCGGCCCUCUGCCAAUGAAAAGGAGAAAGGGGGCGAGCAAGGUGAGGACGGCGAGGUAUGUGACCUGCAUUUCAUCGCAAACUGCCAGAGCUGCCGGGCCUGGGAUAAAGAGGUCAAGGAUGAGAGCGACGAUGAAGGUUGGAUGUAUCACACGCUGAGCUUCGCUGCCGACAAACUUGGCAAGGAUUUCAAUUUCCGGAAGAAAGCUGAGGAGGAGUUGGUUGUCAUUGAUCCCCUGGAGAAAGCUAGGAACCUCAAGGAAGAGAAGAGGGCGUCUAGAGAAGCGCGCCCCGGUGGUUCUUCCAGAGCUUGGGAUCGGGACCGGGACCGGGACCGGGACCGCGAUAGGGGCCGCGACAGAGACAGAAGAUCCAGGUGACCGCCAGCGAUUCAUUACGGGCCCGCCGAAGCCAUGAUGAUACCCUGCUACUAUUGAUAAGGAUUGCUUGAGAACAUCUACACGUGUAUACUACUCCACCAGUGCGGU